AUGAAACGGGGCAGUACAUCGAAAAAUAUUACUUCAUGUGCGAAAAUGUCCUCGGAAUCUUCCUUGAAUGACGUGCCAAAUGUUGUAUCGAGACUACAUACUUUACGCUUAGGUCACGAGGAUAAUGAUGAAUCUCAGCAAAACGUGAACCUUGCUGCGCCAGGAGAUUCAUAUUCUGAACCUGUGUGUAGUACACAACCAAUUGGUAAUGUUACUCUUUCACGUACUAGACGUGCACUUAAUUUUGUUUGUGAUGAAGAUCAACCAACUUCUUCAACAGCUAGAAGUGGAGAAUCUUCUUCCUCGAAUGGGGAUAAUAGACCUCCAACAAAUGCCGCAAAUGCAUUGCAUUUAGAAAGAAGACCUCAAAAUAGUAUUGCCUUGGAGAAUGCAUCAACAAAUAGUCAAGCAACUGUAGCAUAUAAUUGGCAAGGUACAAAGGCAACAAUGCGAGAAAGAAUUGUCUUUCUUUUCAAUAAUGAAAUAUUAUCAGAUGUGAGCUUUAUAGUAGGAAGAGGAGCGCAAAAACAACGUAUACCAGCUCAUAAACUAGUCUUAUCUUCUGGAAGUGCUGUUUUUGAUGCAAUGUUUAAUGGAACACUUGCAACAGCUUCUUCAGAAAUAGAAGUACCUGAUGUAGAGCCUGCUGCUUUUUUGGCAGUACUUCUUUUUUUAUAUACAGAUGAGAUACAGAUAGAUCCUGAAACUGUGAUGACAACAUUGUAUACAGCUAAGAAAUAUGCAGUAGCAGCGUUAGAGAAGCAUUGUGUGGAUUAUCUGAAGAAUAAUUUAACCAGUGAUAAUGCUUUCUUACUUUUAACACAAGCUCGUCUUUUUGAUGAACCUCAGUUGGCUGCAGUAUGUUUGGAUACCAUAGAUAGAUUUACUACAGAGGCAUUAAACGCAGAUGGAUUUACAGAUAUUGAUAUUGAUACAUUAAAGAUUGUUUUGGAAAGAGAUACUUUACGCGUUAGAGAAUCUAAAAUAUUUCAAGCAGUUGUCAGAUGGUCUGAAGCAGAAUGUACAAGGCAUCAAUUACCAGUUACUCCCGAAAAUCAACGUCGAGUGUUGGGAGGUGCAUUUUCGUUGGUCCGUUUUCCUUUGAUGUCGAAAGAAGAAUUUACUGCUGGUCCAGCACAAUCUGGACUUUUGACUAAUUCAGAGGUUCUCUCUUUAUUUUCGUAUUUCAUACUAAAUCCGAAACCAAUGAUAGAGUUUCAAACAAUGCCUCGUUGUUGUAUGACUGGUAAAGAACAAACGGUUUGCAGAUUUCAACAUACUAAGAGUAGAUGGGGAUAUAAUGGAACAAGCGAUCGUAUAAGAUUCAGUGUUGAUAGGCGCAUAUUUCUUAUUGGAUAUGGAGUUUAUGGCAGUAUGCAUGGUCCAGCAAUCUAUGAAGUAUUAAUCGAAUUAAUACACACUGCUUCUGGGAAGGUGAUUGCUACAAAUGCAACAAGUUUUAGCUGUGAUGGUUCAAAGUACACUUAUCGCUUAAUGUUUAAAGAGUUAGCAGAAAUUUUGCCUAAUACAAUUUACACUGCAUCCGCAACAUUUAAGGGUCCUCAUUCGCAUUAUGGAACUAAGGGUUUGAAAACGAUAAUGGUAGAUAGUGAUUCGGGAAAUGGGAAAGUUAAAUUUGAAUUUAAUAUUGAGGCUGGAGAUAAUAACGGAACAUCUAUUGAUGAAGGACAAAUUCCUGAGCUUAUAUUUUACACUUAAUAACUCAUGUACAUAACAACAACAUUCCUUUUUUUCAGCUUCAUUGUCUCUUAAAAAGUAUUAUUGUAAAUUAAAAUUAACAAAUUUUAUAUGUCAAUUUUUUUGUCAAUGAUAAAUUUUAUAUUGAAUAUAGAGCUUUUAACUAAAUGAAUCAUGAGCAUAUUGCUAGUCUUUCAAGUUUUAUUCAUGCUGCAAUCGAAAGAAUAAUGCUUUAUAUUUCCUAUUUAAUUGAGAGUGUUGAAACAAAUUAAAGAUCUCAAAAGGGCCUUAUUGGGAGAAGAGACUGAUUCGUACCAUUGAAGUAAAAUUAAAGUUGAAGCAAAUAACUUGUUUUUUAAUUAAGUAUCGUAGUGGUUGAUUUCUUCAAAAUUAAGCAAGACUUAGUUUCCUACUAAACCCUGUAAUAAAUGAGAAUCAUUUAAGGGUUUUAUGGGUAAAUAAGUUUUAAGCUUGAAGAAGAUUGAACAAGUCAUACAUUGAACAAUAUUAAUAUUCGUAAUUGAAGAUAAUCUAUUUUUCUAUCUUUUCAAAUAAUAUGUACAUGAGUGGUAAAUUUAUAUAUACAGUAGUAACGAUUUUAUGUAUAAAGAAAUAUAGAUUCUCGUUAUCAUUGUUUAUAAAUUUAUUUUGUUUAAUCGUUUGUUUUCUGAUAAGUGCAUAAAAUAAUAUAAAAUUCGUAUUCGUGUUAACUCUUAGCAUGAAAUAACAGUAUGCUACAGUUUAAAGCUUACUAAACAUUGUUUAGAAAAGUUAGCAAUAAAUUCUAUAAAUUUCGUAGGAAGUUGUACAUUGUCUGUAUGCAUGUAGUAACUAAAUGGAAGCAACAUAUUGUUAUCUUUCUAGUGUUGCUUUAAUUUGAGCGAUAUAAACGUAAUAUUAAGGAAAGUUACUAUAUUUUUUCGUUGAAAUAUUAGAUGUAUUAAAUCUUCCAUGUUUCUUGUUAGUACUGAUUAACUGCGCAAACUAGUCAAACACUUAUCUGCAUAUAUUUGCACAAUAAA